AUGAAGUGUGUUGCUGUAAUUAUGACUUUGUUAGUUGCUGCUUAUGCAGAGAGAAGGUGCAACCAAGUAUGCACAAUGAUUUGGGCACCAGUUUGUGGUCACGAUGGAAAAACAUACGCUAGUGAAUGUGCGUUAAAGGCUGCAUCUUGUCUUAGCCAGGAGCCCAUAGUUAAAGUGUAUGAUGGCGAAUGCAACCUUGAAGGCAACUGCAAAUUUGCUUGCAACAGAAUGUAUGCUCCAGUUUGUGGUAGCGACAAAAACCUUUACUCAAACGAAUGCCUUUUGAGGCAAGCUGCAUGCGAACAAAGAAAAGCCAUUACAGUCGUUCGAAAUGUUGGUGAAAAUACUGAUUGUAGUUCUUGUUCCUUUCCAUGUACAAGAGAAUAUAAUCCAGUGUGUGGAUCAGAUGGAAAAACCUAUGCCACAGAAUGCGUAAUGAGAGGUUUUGCAUGCCAGUACGAAAAGGCUAUUGUUGCCGUUCGCGACGGACCAUGCGAAGCUGAGUAA